AUGUCUGCAUCAUAUAUUCGUCGUGAUACUACACUUGUCUCUAAUCCGUGUCCUUUAUCUAUCCUUUCGACUGGACCAUCAUCUGCCUCAUCAUCAUCAUGUAUAAGCGCCAAUGAACAUCAUACAAUCAGAUCAUAUUCAGAUCAAACAGGAAUGCCUUCAAAACAUAGUCCAGCAACAGCGCUACAACAACAGCAACAACAACAACCAAGUCAAGCUAGUAUGCAUUCACCAAAAAUGUCACCAGAUUCAACGCUUACACAAUUAUCAUCAACUCCGUCGAGUUUUAUGUCAUAUUUAAAUUCAUCAACAAGUCUUAGCGGAUCGUUAUUAUCCUCCUCCUCAUCGUUAUUAUCGAAUGGUAAUCCUAUUUCAUGUGAUAGUUUUCUACGUACAGCUCUUUUAUCAGAUAACAAUUAUAAUCUAGAUAAACAAUGCGUUGGUAGUACAACAAAUUUAAUGACUACUAGCGGUGUUAAUAGUAGUAAUAGUAUACCAAAUUUUCAUGAUCCAAUCAAUAAUCAUCUAUCAUCAAGUAAUACUAUUCAACCAUGUUCAUUAUUACGUCCAAGAGCAAUGACAACAUCGAAUGCUUCAAGAUCAGGUACACCAGCUGGUGGUGGGAAUAAUACACCAACAUCUGGUGGUGGUGGUGGUGGUGGGAGUGGUGCUGGUGUUGUCGGCUCAUCAGUAUGUGCAUCGGCACCGACAAGUACAACACCGAUAAAAAAAUCAUCAAGACGUAAUCCAUGGGGUUCAGAAACUUAUUCAGAUUUAAUUUCAGUAGCUAUACGUUCAUAUCCAGAUAAACAGGCAACUUUACAACAAAUAUAUGAUUUUAUUAUAACACAUUAUGAAUACUUUCGUGAACGUAGUGAUCCGACUAGUUCAGCUGGAUGGAAAAACUCAAUACGCCAUAAUCUAUCACUACAUGAUAGAUUUACAAAAUGUCCAAAAUCAUCAGAUAAUACAAAAUCUUCUUAUUGGAGAAUUAAUCCAGAUGUGGCGGCGAAACCAUAUGUACGCAGACGAGCUUGUUCAAUGGAUACAACUAAUUUAAAACGACCAAGUCAUUACGGGAAAAUGAAUAAUCGAUCAGGUGGUGCUGGUGGCGGCGGUGUUGCUCAUCGUAGUAAUGCAUCCAAUAAUAAUAACAACAACAACAAUAACAGCAGCAUGACUGGACAUCAUCAUCGUCUUCAAGUGCCUUCAACAGACAAUAAUGAGGCAAUGAAGUUAUCUUUAUCACCAGUAUGUGAAUUACAACAGCAGCAACAACACCAUCCAUUGGAUUUCAAUAAUUAUGCCUCAUCAAAACUUGCCUGUAAUCGAUCAGAUACUACUGGAACAGAUUGUAACAGCAACAACAGUCGUUUAGCUUCGUCAACAUCACCGUCAACAGAUACGUGUAGUACAACUAAGUCUAUGCAUUUUUAUCAUUGUACACAACAGUCAAAUACAACCAAUGAUACACUAUGUGAUAAUAAUAAUAAUCCACUAAUUAGUUCACAUUGGCAAAAUCCUAAAGCAUUAACACAUCAUCAUCAUCAACAACAGCAGCAGGCAUAUAAUUCAAAUGCUACAUCUGGCGGCGGCGGCGGCGGUAAUAAUAUAUUCAAUUCAGGAUUCUCUGGUCUAUCAUGUUCUACUGAUCUACCACCAAAUCGAUGUGGUCGUACAAGUGGAUUAAUUGAACAAUUAUUACGUAAUGAUCAUACAAUUGGAAUGAAUAAUUCUACAACAAUGCAUACAAUAGAUCGUUUAUCUUCAGAUCAUUAUCCUACAAAUUUAUUUCCUUCAUGUCACUCAGGUAAAUCUUCUUUAACAACUGGUAUUAAUAAUAAUACAAGUAUGUGCAAUUCUCUACAACAAAUGGAUACAUUAAAUUGUUCAGAUUAUUUAUCUGGCAAUAGUAGUACACUUGAAGCAGCCUCAUCAUCCUUAUCUCAUAUGGAUUUAAUUAGACAACACCACCAACACCAACAACAACAGCAACAGCAACACCAACAACAACACCAACACCAACAACACCAGCAAUCAUUACAUCAUUCAAGUGCUGCUGCAGCUGCCCUGCUUAGUCAUAUUAAUAAUAAUCCAUCACGUGGAUCAUCUAAUAAUGCAUCAGCGCAUCAUUUAUUACCAGUACCUUUGUUAACCAGUGGGGGUGGUAGUGAACAACAUCAUGGAUCCUCAUCAGCAGCAGCAACUGCAGCAGCGGCUGCCGCUCAAUCUUACUGGCAAGCAGCUUAUCGUUCAUCUGCAUCAUCAUGCUUCUAUCCAGUUGGUGGACAUUAUAAUCCAUCAAUUUCAUCUACACCGAUAGGCACUGGUGUUGGUGGGGGUGGUAACAAUAGUUUCACUGCUUCAUUCUAUGAUACUUCUUCACAUUUACUCCAUUCAGCAGCAUCCAAUGAUACAGGAGGAGGUAAAUUACUACCGUUUUUAAAUUCAUGUUCAUCAUCAGCAUCGAAUGGUCCGACUACACCGAGUUCAUCAUCACCACCGCCAGCAACAACCUCAGUUAAUUCAUGGCGUCAUUCAUUAGGAUUAGAUAUGCGUCUAUUCAGUGAUACGCAUAAUUCUCAACGAUCAACAGUUGCUGAUCAUCCUAUGCCACCUUUAUCAUCGUCGUCAUCAUCGGCAUCGUUAUCGUGUUCCGUACAAAAUAAUAGUGUUCUAGAGAAUACGAAUCGAUCACUGGGACCAGUAACACCACCAGAUUUAAUGUAUUUCCCACAGACAACAUCACUAUUCAAUAUGGAGUCGUCGUCAUCUUACCAGCAGCAACAGCAGCAACAACAGUCGAAACAAGAUAAUGACGAUAAUGAUACAUUAAUGACAGAAGAAUUAUGCAAUUUAGGUCGAUCGAAUCGUUCAUUGAUGAAUACAGCCUAUGAAACGCCACAACAACAACAACAACAACAACAAAAUUCAUCAACACCGCCACCACCGUCAUCAACGUCAACAUCAUCGUCGUCGCCUCCUGCUUCUGCUUCUACUUCUGUCGCAGCUUCAGCUUCAGUCUCAGCAUUCACUGCAAAUUUAAAUCAAUCCUCACGUCCUCCGUCUAUUAUUAAUGAUCGUACAACAUGUAGAGAAAUGCGACAAUAUAUUGAAGCGUAUAACACUGCCGCAUCAUCUUAUGAAGAUGAUUGUGAACCAUUAGAAUUGGAAUUGAGUUUAGAGCUGGCUGAUCGAAUUGUUGGCAGUACUAGUGUUGGCACGUCAACAGCUAAUCCAAUCACGUCGAGUUAUGGAUGUCCACCAGCACCAAAUUAA